AUGGUGUCCAGCACUCCUCCCUUCCCCUCGCCCGUCAAGCGCUGGCACAACAAGGCUCAACCCUCCGGCGACCCUACCCUUGCAGCUCUCUCUCAGGAAGGCAAAUCAAUUCUCAUCACUGGAGGAGGUAACACUGGCAUUGGGGGAGAGACAGCGCGCUUCUUCGCUCGCGCAGGUGCCGCGCGUAUUGGUCUGCUGGGACGUCGUGAAGGCCCUCUGCUUGAGAACAAAGCCGUUAUCAAAAGGGAAUCGCCAGACACGACCGUCUUCAUUCAGAGCACCGAUGUCACCAACGAGACUUCAGUCAAUUCUGCCUUUGACAACUUCGCCAAGAAUGGAAAGAUCGAUACGCUUAUUCAUGCCGCUGCCGCCGUUGGACCCAAGGAGAACUUCGCUGAUGUCGACGGCCGCGAGUUUCUCAAAAGCAUCACUGAAAACCUCGAAGGCUCUUUGUGGGUCGCGAAGGCCUUCAUUCGCACGGCUGCACCGGAUGCUCAUGUCAUCGCCAUCAACUCUUGGGGUGCUCAUUUGAGUCUUAACAAUGCCUUCGCCUCCUACUGCGUUGCUAAGAUGGCUGUUUACCGCUUGUGGGACACUGUGCUUCUUGCGAAGCCGAACCUCAGCGUAUUUCACACCCAGCCUGGCGUUGUGCUCACUGAGAUGAACCUCAAAGUUGGCGGUGCGGACAGCUUCAAAGACGUUAAAACUGAUGAUGUUACUCUCCCAGCAAGCUUCAAUCUCUGGCUGUCAACCCCAGAGGCUCGCUUCCUCAAUGGCAAGUUCUUGUGGUGCAACUGGGAUAUCGAUGAACUCAAAUCUUGCGCCAAAGAGAUUGAGUCCGGGAGACUACUCAACAUUGACCUUGUUGGCUGGCCGUUCGGACCUACUGCCAACUGA